AGCUUCGCCGCGAGAUCCAGUUCCAGUUUCGAGUUCAAAAAGUUCUCAAGCAAUCAACGUCCUCUCAAGAUGUUCAAGCUGUGCCUGUUCCUCACCUUCUGCCUGGCCUUUGCCCUGGCUGCCCCGGGCCUGAUCCACUCCUCGCCUAUCCUGACCACCUCGUACCACAGUCUGCCCUCGGUGCGAGUGAUCCAGCCCAUCUGGACGCACAGUGUCGUGCGCCCCAUUAGCUACGGCUAUGGCCACGGCUACGGCCAUGGACACGGAUGGAUCUGAGCCGAUUUCCAGCAAGUCCAUCACAAAAGGC